AUGUCAACUCAAUCAGGUAUUACAAUUUCAUCACAAUUGAAUGAUGCUUAUAAAAACUUGUCUACUAAUUCAGCAUUAAUUAUUAAAAUUUCAUCUGAUUCCACUGAAUUGAUUCCUGAUCAAAUUAUCACUGGAUCUGAUAAUACUACAUCAACCACUAAAGAUAUCACUAUUCUUGAACCUAUAUUUGAAAAAUUGAUUAAUCAAAUAUCUCAAGAAUUCCCUCAUCCUUCAUAUAUUGUAAUAUCUUAUAAUUCUAAUCAAUAUUUCAUUAGUUUUAUACCUGAUAUUGCUCCUAUUAAACAAAAAAUGCUUUAUGCAUCGACGAAAAAUUCAUUAAUUACAAGUUUAGGUGGUAAUAAAUUGAUUAAAAAAUUUGCUUGGACAGAAUUAGACGAAUUGACAUUAAAUUAUUUUAUUAAAUCAAUUGAUGAUGACCAGGGAUCUAACAUUAAAAAAGAAGAAGAAGAAGAAUUAAAUUUAUUAUUGACAGAAGAUGAAAUCACAUUACAAAAAUUGAAUAAUUUAUCACUUUAUUCAACAACAAAUCAUCAUCAUCAUGGAUUUAAGAAAAAAUUGCCAUCAAUGACCAAUGAUGAUGGUUCUACUACUGGUAGUGGUAAUGCUGAUCAAGAUAUAUUAUAUAAAUUUACACCAGAAUUAACUGAACAAUUACAAUCAAUAAUUGAGAAUUCUUCACCUGAAUCCAGUAAUGAUAAUGAUAAUAAGAAAUCAUUAAUUUCUUUUAAUAUUGAUACCACAAAAGAGUUAUUAACUUUAAAAUCAAUUGAUACUCAAAUUGAAAUUAAUCAAUUAAUUGAUACUUUAAAUAACCAUACUUCUUCAAGAAUUUCUCCACAAUAUAUUUUAUAUAAUUAUCAAAUUGGAAAAUUGGCAUUUAUAUAUUCUUGUCCAUCUGGAUCAUCAGUUAAAGAUAGAAUGAUUUAUGCAUCAUUUAAAAAUAGUUUAAUCAAUCAUUUGAAUCAAUUGAUAAAAUCAACCAACAUUGAUGAUGACAUUAUCAUUGAUAAAAAUAUUGAAGUUGGUGAUUUAGAUGAAAUUGAAUUGAGUCAAUUACAAGAUGCCAAUGAAUUAAUUCAUGAUACUAAUACUAAUGGUAAUAAUAAUAGUAGUAGCAAUUCUUUAUCUUCUAAUAAUUCAUCAUUAUCUUCUAAAAAUGGAUUGAAGUUUAAUAAACCAAAAGGUCCAAGAAGAAGAUAA